AGGAACAUUCUGUGAACUCAGCCUUCAUCCCAACGACCGCGACUUGUCUGUGGCGGUGACUGCACAUUCCGUGGGAACAAUUGAGCUUCGAGAGCUCAAGUAUAUAUCAGUAGAGAGACAUCGAUUCCAUUACCCCAAUUACACCCGUCAAGAUGGAAGAAGUAGACGGAAUCAAUACCUCGACCUUCCAACAGGAAGAAGAGCUCCGCAUCCUGAUCAUCGGCGGCGGUGUAGCCGGUCUCACCACCGCGCUCGCCAUCAAGCGUAUCGCCGCAGCCACGGGUCUCAACCUGCGUCCCAUCAUCUUCGAAGCGGACCCCGCCGAGACGGCGUACACGACCAACAUGGCCCAGCAUUGGAUCUUGUGGAAGUGGGCGUAUGAUUUGUUGCUGGAGCUGGAGUUGGGGGGACGCUUGAGCAAAAUUGCGAGUGCGAUCCAUGCGACGAGGAGUAUUGAUGCGGAUACGAGGGAGACGCUGGUGGCGUACCCGCCGGAUGAUGAGGAGGUGGGCGGCGGUGCUCAGGAUCCCGAGAUGGGCCAUCGCCCCACGAACAACUCCGGAGCGCCACCCAUGAUUGGUCUGAGGAAGAUGGAUCUCACCCGUCUGCUACUCCAGGCUCUGGGUGGCAUCCGUGAGGACUUGAUUGACGGCGACAAGUUCGUUCCUUCUGUGCCGGACACGGAUUCGGAAGGCGCGCAGUCGGAUAUCGCCCAGACGCCCACCUGGUUUGCCGACGAAGGGUAUGCUGAGCUCAUCCCCGACCUGAUGCUGGGCUACGAGUUGGACUCCUUCAUGGUUUCUGCCAACUCCGGCAACGUCACCGCCAGGUUCAUGAAUGGCGCCGUCGAGUACGGUUUUAUGAUCAUUGGAGCGGACGGAACGCACUCCAAGGUGCGAGAGCUGCUCGGGACUCGUCGUUUCAGUACCCCGAUUCAGCACGCUGGUGCCGCCGUCAUUCACGGUAUUACGCGAUUGGACAACAGCUAUGAUGACGCUGACCAUACCGGCAGCCUGGUCAGUCCCGUGCGCACGGAAGACAUUCUCCGAUUGUGCCCAGACGGCAACGCUGUUUCCCUUGUCGGGCGCGGGUUCGCAAUGGGGAUCAACAACAUUGGAAACGGCAUGCUCGGGUGGAACCUCGUGGUCGCUCAGCCUACUCCUCACUUCCAUACCACCCAGUUCGCGGCGGAGAAACAGGCAAAGGCCAAGGCGGAGGCGGAAGCUGAGGACUUGCGGUCUGGAUCGCCAGGACCGUCCUCUCCUUUUCCCAAGCCACGAUCGUCCUCCUCGUACUUUCAGGUCGAACACGUCACCAGCGACGGUGUCACCGAGGGAAGCUUGCCGGAUCCCCCUCCCGGAGGCGUCUCGCCUGCUCGUAGCGUUGGCAGCAUCGAUACGCUCACUGACCCCGUGUCGAAUGCUUUGGGCAGUUUGACCUUGAACGGUGGCCUUGCUUCCGCGUCCGCACCCCCUUCUCCUUCCGGAUCGGUGUCUUCCGUCUCGUCCAACCGUCCGCGUCGGAGCAACCGUAUUGAGACGGCGUUUGAGCGACAAUUGCGUCUGCAGCGCGAGGACAUUCUUGCUGUCAAGAACGCGGCUGAAGACGCUGCCGCCUUUGGAACGAGCGGAGCUACGACAGAGGAUCCCACCACUCAUAUGUCGGGCCGAAACGCCAAGGAGCUGGCCGCAUCUCUCGCCGCGCGCCACGCCUCCAUCCCCACCACCUUCUUGGCGCUUAUCGACCGCGCCGACCCGUCCCUGACCCACGCAAUGGACAUCCUCGACCUGGCCGACGAGUACAUGAAGAGCUACACCUCGCCCAACUUCCACCCCGGGCGCAUCAUCGCCAUCGGCGACGCCGCCCACCCGGUCCCACAUCCGCCCAGAACAUUGCCUCCAUCCCUUUCCUCCACACCCCGCCGGCGCACAUCUCGCUCGACAGUUCGUCCGCGGCCCCCGGAUCCGCACACCCCUUGAUGCCCGGCGCUCCCAACCCCGCCGACAUCGCCCCCGCCCCCGUGCCAGCAGCGACCCUCUCCCGCCAGGACUCGACGGUGAUCACCAUGUCCCCCCAACAACAGCUCGAAAACCAGCUCGGCGAGCUU